CACUCGUUAGAUAUUUCUUCAUUGCAGGUAACUUUUUCACCGAUUAUUAUGUUUUCGGGCAGUUUUGCGUAUAUUAAUUUUACUGAAAUUUUCAAAUUCUCAGAAUUGCACCACACACUGUCUUCCUUUUCGUCUCUCUCUUUAUUUACAACCGAAAUGCACGCACUAUGUAAAACACAACAAGUCCAAACGGAGAACAGAUUACGAAUGAAUGAGCAACUCAAAGCAGGCAGCACCUGUAUAUGGGUUGCCAUUUCACUUUACUGUUGACAACAGUGACAUUAAACAGUUGGUAUAGCAUAGCUUUGUGGUUUUUAUAGAAUUUUCAAUUAGUCACUUAUUGAAUAUUGCACGAAAUUUGACUUUUACUAUUAAAAGAUAAUUAUUUUCAAUACGUAAAUAGGGAAAAUAUUUUGAUUUACAAUUAAGAACAAUCAUUGGCCAUAACGAGAAAAUUAUUGUGAAUAGUGUUUCGGUUUUGACACUUUACACUCGCCCUUUACAUUUAUUCUGAACAAUUUUUUGUAUACGCUGGAAUCUGGAAAAGCCAAAUUUCUUGAUUACAAUGUCAGCGUAAUUACAAAUAAAUACAUACUUGGUGAAAAAAGCAUUCGCACAGAAGUUUAUAUAAAAUGGACAGCAUUCAACAAGCCGCUGCGUUAGAAAAAUGGGGAUUCACAUUGCCAGAACUAUAUCGAUUGGCGCUGAGUUUCUACAAACAGAACUCAGGCAAGGCAAUACAUCUGUCGUAUGAGGAUAAUUUAAAAUUGAUAGCUUUUAAGCAACAAGCCACAAUUGGUCCUUUCGAUGCCAGCAGUGCGCCCGAGUUAGGAGUGCUCGAUGUCAUUGGACGAGAUAGACGCAUGCACUGGCAGCUCUUGGGGGAUAUCAAUCGCGAACAGGCAAUGGAGGGAUUCAUCGAUUUGUUGGAUAAUAUGUGUACCGCAUUUCGACCUUAUGUGGAAGCGGUUAAACAAAAUCGCGAUGAGACGUUAAAGCAAGAUCUGCGUCGUAUGGAGGCAGAUAAGUUGGAGAAAGAAAAGCGUGAACGUGAACAAAAAGAGUUUCUAGAAGAGGGCUACAAAGAAGAAUUGCAAAGACGGCAGCUUAAAGAUGCAUUAAACAAACAAACAUUUCAGCAGUUUAAGAGCUACGCUGAAAUUCAGUUUCCUGGUAAUCCAGAACAACAGGGCGUACUCAUACGUCAGUUACAGGACGAGCAUUACCAUCAGUAUAUGCAACAAUUGCAUAUGCAUAAUAAAUCUCACAUUGAAUUGGGUGAAGAAGGCUCGAAGCGGCUGCCAACCGAAGCAGGUGACACUGCAAGUGGUCUAGAUGACUGUAAGAAUGAGGAGCAGCAGCAAGACGACAACAGUCAAGAUAAAUUCAUUACAUUAGAACCGGCUAAAAUGUGGACGCGACCAGAUAUCGAAGAAUUUAAGGCCGACGUAUCGCAAGGUGAGGGAGAUGGCGUGCUACAUUUAGAUCCGGGCGAAAUUGUAACGGUACGGGUACCAACAAUGGCAAAUGGCAAAAGUAUAUUCUGGGAAUUUGCCAGUGAUAAUUACGAUGUUGGCUUCGGUCUAUUUUUUGAAUGGAGCAAACCAACAACAACUGAAGUGGUUGUGCAUGAGACAGACAGCGAAAAUGGCGACUGUGAUAUCGACGAUGAUAUCCAAUCGACAAACGAAGAUCUUGAAAGUGGCUGCGUAAAUAUAGACCGAGAAUCGCUGGACGAUGGUAGCACCACGAAGCCAUACGUAUCGAUAAUAGUGCCCCUCUAUCGUCGCGAUUGUUUUAACGAAGUUUACGUUGGCUCGCAUUCAUAUCCCGGGGAAGGGGUGUAUCUGAUGAAAUUCAGCAACAGUUACAGCUUUUUUCGCUCAAAAGCAAUCUACUAUCGCAUAUUUUACGAACACUAGACAUAAUUUAAUGGUAAUUUAACUGGCCAUGUACCUGUGCCGAAUUGACUUUCUGUUUUUCAAAUUUAAAUAAAUAAAUUUAUAAAAAAAUUGUAUGACGUAAAACAAAUGUUGCAUUAAUACAGUUGCCACUUUUUGUUGGUUUGUUUUGUUUGUUUUGCGAUCAGCUGUUUAUGAAAUUUGUGAAUUGCCGAUAUUUGUGUAAAGUAUGUCGUAAAUUAUUUGCUGAAUAGAUUAAUAAAAAUGUUUACGUUUACAACAAGUGCAUUAAGAACUUUUAAGAAUUUCGCAUGUAAAUUUGCUAAAGCACGUUACCUCAGUGUACUCGGUAUUGAAACUUCAUGCGAUGACACUGGCAUUGCGCUGCUGAACGAAAACGGCGAAGUGCUUGGCAAUGUUUUGAACUCGCAGCAAAAAUUUCAUGCUAGGUAUGGUGGCAUCAUUCCGCCGCGCGCACAGGAUUUGCAUCGUGCCAAGAUUGCCGAAGUUUUCGAGCGUUGCAUGCAGGAGGCAAAGAUGACACCUGACAUGUUAGAUGCUAUCGGUGUUACAACAAGACCUGGUCUGCCGCUCAGUUUGCUUGUGGGUGCGCGCUUUGCCAAACACAUAGCACGGAAAUACAACAAACCAUUGGUGCCAGUACAUCAUAUGGAAGCACAUGCUUUACAAGCGCGUAUGGAACAAAACAUACCAUUUCCUUUCCUAUGUUUACUCAUAAGCGGUGGACAUUCGCAAUUGGUUUUUGUACGGAGCGCUACACAAUUCCUGCUACUCGGCGAAACGCUUGAUGACGCGCCAGGCGAAGCGUUCGAUAAAAUAGCGCGUCGCUUGCGUUUGUUUCUCCUACCAAAAUAUAGUUAUUGGAAUGGCGGCCAAGCAGUGGAGGACGCUGCAAAGGACGCGAAAAACGCCGCGCGCUUCGAAUUCCCCUUACCGCUGGCACGUGAUCGUAAUUGCAACUUCAGCUUUGCGGGCAUAAAGAAUAAUGCUUUUCGUAAUAUACGCGCGGCUGAGCGGCAGGAAGGCACACCACCGGACGGCAUCAUCUACAACUAUCACGAUUUCUGCGCCGGUCUGCUAGCGGCAGUAAGUCGCCAUUUAAUGAAUCGCACACAACGCGCACUGGAAUUUACACUGCCCUGGUUUGGUGACGCGCCACGUUCGCUCGUUGUAUCUGGCGGUGUGGCCAAUAACGAUUACAUUUUUAAUGAUCUCGCAAAUUUAGCAGCGCACUACGAUUGCUGCGCGUACCGACCGUCGAAGAAAUACUGUUCGGAUAAUGGUGUUAUGAUUGCAUGGAAUGCUAUUGAGCAAAUAAAACAAGUUCCCAGCUGCAUGCGCUGGGACUACGAUGCAGUAAGCAUACAAGGCAAAGCAGCGUUGGGCGUAAGUAUGCUGCAUGCAGUUAAAGAGGCGGGUAUCAAAUGCAAAUGGGUGCAGGCGUCAAAAUGGCGUGGUGUCAAGUCAACACUAGAAGUGGCUCAGUAAAUUGUAGAUUUGUAAAAUUAAAAUAAAGUUUUUAAUGUUUGAUA